AACCAUUUUAGUUUAGUUCAGUGAGUGUGUGGAUUAAGUUCAGUUAUUUGCAGUUAAAUAAAACCUGUAAAUACUCCUGAAUUCGUGAAUUUUGUGUGUGCUUUGCUUGCAAAAUAAAAAGUUUAAACCCCAUUUACAAAAAAUUGUAAAAUUUUUAUCUAGCAAAACAAACAAAUUCUUGUUCAAAAACAACUUACACUAAAAUCAAAAAUGUCGAACCCAUCAGAUAACCCAAUUUACGGACCCUUCUUUGGUGUCAUGGGAGCCGCAUCUGCUAUAAUUUUCAGCGCUUUCGGAGCCGCUUAUGGCACAGCUAAGUCAGGUACUGGAAUCGCUGCUAUGUCAGUGAUGCGACCAGAAUUGAUCAUGAAGUCGAUUAUUCCCGUUGUCAUGGCGGGUAUCAUUGCCAUUUAUGGUCUGGUCGUUGCGGUCCUCAUCGCUGGUAAUUUGGAAGAACCCUCAAAAUAUCCCCUUUACAAGGGAUUCAUCCAUCUGGGUGCUGGUUUAGCUGUGGGCUUUUCUGGUUUAGCAGCUGGUUUUGCGAUCGGUAUUGUUGGAGAUGCCGGUGUCAGAGGUACAGCACAACAACCGCGUUUGUUCGUCGGUAUGAUUUUGAUUCUUAUCUUCGCUGAAGUACUGGGUCUGUACGGACUUAUUGUGGCCAUCUACCUGUACACAAAAUAAAUAGCCCAAUUGCAUAAGUCCCACAUAAAAUUAAUACAAAUAUUAUAAUUGAUAAUAAUAAUUUAGUUUUGAAAAUUAUAAAAAAAUAUAUAUAUAUAAUAUAACUAAGGAUCAAAACACAAAAAUGGGCCCUUAAUAUAUCCGAUAUCAAAACAUUUUUUUUUUCAUCACCACUUAAAUCAUACAUAUUACCUUCAUCACCACCAACGAUAGCAGUAAAAUACACACACAUAAAAAGGAAGCACAGUACAUAAAAGUCCACCAAUUAAGCGCUGAACAAUAAGAUCAUGUUGUUUUUAAUAUAACAGUGCAAGUUUCUCAACGUACCUUUAAAAAAAAUCUGAAUUAGAGGUAUCGUUCGUUUUUCUGAGAAAAAUCUUAAAGAUCUACAAGGUUUAUAAAUUGAGGGUUAUAGUCCUCUUCAAUUGAACUUAAAUAUAAAAUUAAUGGAUGGAAUGUAAAUACAAUGCAUGUGUAGCAAAUACAAAUGUGUACUUCCUAAUCGCUAGAGAAAGAUAAAAUAAUUAUGUGUAAAUUUUAAACUACACUUUUUGUCCAAUAUUAUAUCGUUCUUUUUUAAAUAUUAUUUCCUUUAAUUAGUAGUUUAAUAAUGUAAAAAGUGAGCAAUUCAGUUUGUUAUAGCAAAAGCAAAGAAAACAACUUUGAAAACGAAUAACAAAUCAUACAAAGCGAAAAAAAGCAAAAAAACCAAGUCCUAUGUUUUUCAUUGUUUUUUUUAUAUAGAAAAUAAUUAUUAAUUUUUUUGUGAUAAGAUUUAUUAUUAUAUAUGUACAUGUAAAAAACGGUAUUUAUAAACAAACAAAAAAUAAAAUAUUGAAAUUUUUUCUCUGUUAUAUUAAGAAAAAUUGUAAAAAAUGAAAAACAACUAAAAACCCAUCAAAAACAAAGGAGAGAAAGAAGGGAAUCAAACUAAGAAACAAUAUCAUCACGUUUCACGAGCGCGCUAAAUGCAAAAGUAUUUUUAUUUUUUUUAAUUUCGUUAAAGAACUACGGUGCAUAUUGCAUUUUAAAAUGCAGUUUUGUUGGCUCAUAUUAAAUAGAAUUAUAAUAAGAAUUUUAAAUUGUUAUAUGUUUAAAUAUUUUUUGAAAUUUGUUGAAGGUACUUGCUUAUGAUGCUGAGAGCAUUUCACUGGAUACUUUGAUCAUGUUAUUAAAUAGACAGAAUAUUGUACAAUUUUUAUUUAACGUCAGCCAACAGUGUAAAAAAGAAGUGUUUUUAUGCACUGCCCUUUUCCAAUAAGAACAUUAAACAUUGGUAAAGAAACAGAAUUGUAAAAAAUCGUUGAAAAGAAUAAACAAUAAAAACGCGCAUUUAACAACAACAA